CAUACACUUCAGUGUUUCUUUAUUAUCAUUAUUGUUACUUCCAACAAUCGUUCGUUGUCCAGCGCAUCAAAAAAAUACGAAUUUCUAUAUUAAAAAUUGGUAAAGCCCUCGAAAUUAAUCCCCAAACCGAUUGACCACCGAAUCAUCUCUAUCCGCCGAUCUCCGAACAAGUGAAAAAUGUUAUUAAAGUUCCAUACGUGAUUACAAGUGAUAUUUCAAUGUUUCAUUAUUUACUCUCACCGAUAUUUCCCCGAAAAAUUCCCCAUCUAAUGCUAAGAACGUUGAAACCGAUUAAUCGUGUUGUUAUUUUUCCCUGAGACGAUGAAUACAAGUAACAGUGGAAAUCCGGAGGGAACCGGUGACAAGAGACAGCCAGAGACUUCUCAGGUGCCCCAGCACAGUCUUACGACGAUUCAGAAUGUCCACAGGAUCCAGACAAUUCAGAAUAUCGUUCAGAGCAAUGUGCAGACGAUUCAGCCGGCCCAGAGUGUCGUGAGUACAGUGGCAUCAGCGAUCGUCGGUAAAUCCAUAUCCCUGGAUUUGAAUCCAAAAUUAUCAUUGAUGAAGUCAGUGGUGCAGAGUGGAUCAGCUGUCUCUGACGCCAACAAGAUUACGACAACCCUGUGCUCAGUGGGAUCAACAGUGAGAAUAAUAUCUCCAGGUAUGCUGAGCACUGUGGAACGUCAGAAUGCCUCACCAGGUCAGAGUCAGGGUGUCCAGGGUGUUCAGGGUGUCCAGCAGGUUGUAACGACAAUUCCCGCUACGUAUCAUGUUCCAAGAGGUCCAGCAGCUGUUGCAAACAUAUCAGCACCUAGAUCAACAGUUGCAACACCAAUAGUGAGAGCAAGUGGUGCAGCUGUUGUGCCAAUAGCAAGACCUGGAGCACCAACAACAGUGACAACAACCCAGUGGCCACCGAAGACAUCAGUGGUCUAUGCUCCACCUCAACGUCAUCCAGUUCCUCCAGUAACACGAGUGACAACACGACCACAAGCUGUUUACACAGCCCAACAAUCCCAGCUGGCACCCCAGUCACAAAUUCGUCCUGUCCAGGCAACAGUCGUCACAGCUACAGUAUCAGGAGGUGUUUCAGGUGCUCCACGAUUGCUUACACCUGUUCUCCAGUCCACGAAUACCCUCACGAGAAUACCAGUGCCCCAGGUACGUCCCACUGUUCCCCUGGUGUCCACAGGCGUUCAACCACCCAGGCAUCCAUCCCAGGGCAUCCAGUCAACGACUCAUCAGCCCACGAGAACAUUGGCGGUUCCUGCAACGACAAACAGAGUGACAGUAACAGCACCUGUGGUGGGCACAGCCAAUAGAAUCCCAGGCACAGCUUCACUGGCUGUACAACCAGCACUUGGACGUCAGUUAUCGAUAAAUCCAACACCUGGAGCCACCAAUUUUUCCAGAGUUGUCAUUCCCUCUCAGCAGAUUCAGCAAGCACCAGGUCAUCAACAGGGUCCCAGAGUUGUCCAGACUAUCACAUCACUCGCUAAUAUUGGGACAGUAUCACGAGUAAUUGCCACAACGACGUCAGGAGGAAUUUCUAAUAUGGCUAGGGUAAGCCAGUCAGCUCCAACAUCGGUUGCCAGAAUAACUGGAAUGACACUGCACUCUCUGCCCCUGACAUCCCCGAGGACAACACCAGCACCCAUGAAACCCCUGCAAGCUCAGACAAUCACUCAGACUGUUCAAAUCAAGUCCUCUGGACAGCAGACACUCAGGGUGACUCCAGCUACUCCAGUAGUUAUGACAACAACAGCAUCUACUAUUGUCACAUCAGCCCCUCCAGCAACAAUAAUUAUCAAUAAUACCAAUAGCAUCCCCAGCUCACCGAAUCAGUACCAAUAUCGUCAGGGACAGCCUGUGAGACUCCUGGUGGAGCCCUCCCACGAGGACAAUCACAGCAAACCCAACGCCUCACCUCGGCCGAGUAUCCUGAGGAAACGAGAUCACGACAGCUCUCCAGCCAAGUCGAUAGCUAAGAAUUUAGUGCCUGUUUUGACUUCCUUGGCAGCUAGGCAGUCCAUGGGGAGUCCUCCAGGUUCUCCUAGAGCGGACAGGGAGGGAAAUCACAGUUCAGGAUCCACAACUGUCUCUGCUACUAGCUCACCGGGACUUGAUGAGGAACCUGAACAGUCCAGGAUCAAUCCUCAGGGGAACUCCAUGGAGAUGAGCCCCAGAAAGAAACCCAGGAAGCAACAGCUCACUGGUGUUGAGCUCACUGAGGCCAGGUGUAAUGUCGAGGAGAUGCAGUUCAUUUGCGAAGACAAGAUCAAGAGGGAAAUCAAGGAGGAGAGGAGGGAUAAAUUUGAGAGGGAGGGACAGACUGUUCUGGUCAGGGGUAGACCAACUCCCAGCCUCAUUGGUAAGGAUUCCUCUUGGAAGAACAGGUGGGGAGGCAGGCUUCAUCAUUACAGGAGACCUGGGGAUGUCAGGCCCAAGGAGGAGAGAAGACCCACUGUCGCUGAAAUUGCUCAGCAAAAAUUCGUACUCCAGAAGAUCAAUGGAUGGAAGGUCUAUCAACUCACUGCGCAAAUGGAGGAUCUUGCUCAGUUGGAAAAACAAGUCCAUGAGAAGCUGAAAUCCACUCUCCUGAUGCUAGAGUCCCAGCAGCCGACGAAAAAUCGUCAGGACGACGGGAUCGAGCGUGCGAAUGAAUUAAUCAAAGGGAAUAUGCAGAGAAGUAGCUUAAUAAGUGAAGGUAUGAGUGAAGCUAGGACCCAACUGAUCGCUAUUUUUCAACACAAGGAUCACGUGAGUGAUAUACUUCAACGUUGUGGCAACAAACGAUCGCAGAAAAAACGGGACAAGUGAAUAAAAUGGAAAUUCAGUGCAUUCUCUCAUCUCCAGGAAGUCUGACUUCAAGGAGUGGGAGAUUAAAUGUUUAUAUCUUUCAAUGUUUUUUAAAUCUUGCAGAGGAUAGAUUAUAUUGGAUUAAUACAGAAUGUUUUUCAGCAUCCUGUGGUUUUAUUGUCCUAUUAUCUAUCCUUUAAUGUAAUUAAUUAUUUGUUUGUAAUAACGAAGAUUUUUCCUAAAAUCAGAAAACGCGAAUUAUCUUGUUGAUAAAUACCUGCAAAUAUCGCAGAAACUAUUAGACUUAUCGAAAAACGUCAGAAAGAUUUUUUGUAAAAAAAUGAAU